AAGUGUUGGUAUUUGUGACUGAUGCAGCACCCUACAUGAAGAAAAGUGCGUCAUCAUUGAAGCUGCUUUAUCCUAAUAUGAUUCAUAUCACCUGCGUCGCACAUGGCGUACACCGGGUCUGCGAAUCUCUACGCUCGAAGUACUCAGAUGUUGACGUCUUAAUUUCAAACUUAAAAAAAGUUUUCUUGAAAAGCCCAUUCAGGGUGGCAGUUUUCAAAGAAAUGGAACCCAAUCUUCCUCUGCCUCCUCAGCCGGUGAUAACUCGAUGGGGCACAUGGCUAAUUGCAGCCGUAUAUUAUGCCGAAAACUAUGAUUCCAUCAAAAGAAUAAUUGACCAAAUAACGGACGAUGCAGCAUGUGUCAGAUUCUCGAAGCAAUUGUUGAGCAAAAAAUCGGUUCAGGGGAAUUUGAUAUAUAUAAAAUGCAAUUUUGGUUUUCUUUUAGAGGAACGUCUACAGAAAACAGGUUGCGGAAAAACAAAAUUCUCAGUAAAAAAUUAAUAAUUCACAUACCCUUUUUAUGUAAUUGUAGGAACUCCAGUUGGUGAGGUAUUAAAUAUUUUGGAUAAC